CUGCUCUUCAUCAACGUUUGUCAUCAAACAUCAUCUCCAGUAGACUUGCAGGAGUACCAAGCUCAUUACUUAACCUGCGAUUUGAGCAGGGCGGUUCACAAGACAACAGGAGUAUGCAUGCUGUCUCUUGGCCAUCGGAGGAUAGCGGUAGUAGCAUGCACUCACACGUCAUGCUUGCACUCGUUGACUACGAAUACGACGAGCUCGUCCAACGCUAUUUUGUCGAUACCAUUCAUCUCACGAAACUAUUGGAACAGUCGAAGGAGAGGUGGACAAAAUCUCACUGAACGAUACCGCAGACUAGAAAAUACUCUUCGAGGGAAAAAUGCUAUCGCGAAGCAGAUAUCUGAGAUUUCUCAGGACGCCAGGUCGCCUUCAUCGACAUCCUCCUCGCACUAUGGUGCGCAAAACGCUCCCAAUACCAUCGCGGGCCUUUUGAUCCCCGAAGAACCCAUACCACCUUCAGAUGAAGAAUGUUGCAUGUCAGGAUGUGCAAUUUGUGUCUAUGACAUUUAUGAAGAAUCUCUGGAAGCUUACAAGAAGUCGAUUGUGGCCUUGCGCUCCUCGCUUUCCGCUCUUUCAAUACCAGAUUCCGAGUGGCCGGACCGCGUUCGAACCAAUCCACCAGCUGCUGAAAAGAGGCAAGAUGUCAUCCUCAACGCUUUCGAAGAAAUGGAACGUCAGUUGAAGGAGAAGAAGGAGCGAAGAGCUGCAGUUGAAACAGAGAGUUAGUUUGUGGCUACUAGCUGGAGCUAGCCAAUACUAACAUUCGGCUUCCGAUAGAAAGGAUGAGAGGAGAAUUAGUCUUAGAUGAUACGAUGAUGUCUCCUAUAAACAUCCAGAUGUUGUAUGAAGGCAUUAAGUGGUUACUAUUCCCGAAAUGUUGACUAGUAUUAUGGCUAGUAGGAGUUCACCUAUGUCUGAUUGGCCUACGACGACAUUAAUUUGGGUUUGA